AUGCAAACUGUGAAGGAAAGAAACGAAGUAAUACAGAGUUUAAUUCAGAAAAAUGACAAUCUAUCGUCGCAGGUAAGGAGUUUGACAGGGAGGAUAGAGCAAAUAGAGCAAAACAUGCGUGCUCCUAACGUCGAAAUCAAUGGAAUCCCAGAGCAUAAAUCGGAAAAUCUUCUAAAAACUAUAGAGCAGCUGGGAUUUGCGAUUGAAAACCCCCUCGGUGACAAUGAUGUUUUGCACGUAUCCCGUAUUGCGAAGCUCAACAAGGAGAGCGACCGACCCCGCUCCGUAAUUGUCAAACUACGUAGUCAACGCCGUCGCGAUGAGUUGUUAGCAGCAGUAACAAAGUUUAAUAAAAAGAAUCCUGAUAACAAAUUAAACUCUGAGCAUUUGGGAAUUGGUGGACGUCGAGUGCCUGUAUAUGUUAGCGAACAUUUAACACCGAAAAAUAAGCACCUAUAUGCGGCGGCUCGAAAAAAAGCAAAAGAGACCGGCGCCAAAUUUGUUUGGGUGCGGGACGGUAGGAUCUUUGUUCGGAAACAUGAACAGAGUCAUGCCAUCUAUAUUAAACAUGAAGAAAGCUUGAAAUUAAUUGUCUAG